AUCGGAUAUGACGUUAUACAAAAAGCGCCAUCAUGAAGCACGAUCGGAAUCUUCAUCUCUUUCUUUCGUGAUUUCACGUACAAGACAGGUCGAAAGAAGUAACAAUGGCGGACGCUGCUCCAGCCACACGUGGAGGUUUUCGUGGAGGUUUUGGUUCUCGUGGAGCGGGAGGCGAUCGGGGUGGCCUCAGAGGUCGUGGACGUGGUAGAGGAAGAGGACGCGGCCGUGGACGCGGAAAAGAAGAUAGCAAGGAAUGGGUCCCUGUAACAAAGCUUGGUCGUCUAGUCAGAGAUGGCAAAAUCCAAUCACUAGAACACAUCUAUCUGUUCUCCUUACCUAUCAAGGAAUAUGAGAUCAUCGACAAGUUUCUUGGUCCAGAUCUAAAGGAUGAAGUUCUGAAAAUUAUGCCUGUACAGAAGCAGACUCGAGCUGGUCAACGCACGCGUUUUAAGGCUUUUGUUGCCAUUGGAGAUAGCAACGGACACAUCGGAUUGGGAGUGAAGUGUUCCAAGGAAGUAGCCACUGCUAUUCGCGGUGCUAUUAUUCUGGCUAAGCUCUCUGUCGUCCCGGUACGACGCGGUUAUUGGGGUAACAAGAUCGGCAAGCCGCACACUGUGCCGUGUAAAGUGACUGGCAAGUGCGGUUCUGUGCAGGUGCGUCUGAUACCGGCACCCAGGGGUACUGGUAUUGUGUCUGCUCCAGUUCCCAAAAAGUUGCUUCAGAUGGCAGGUAUUGAGGAUUGUUAUACCUCAGCUAGGGGAUCCACGUGCACACUCGGCAAUUUUGCCAAGGCCACUUAUGCCGCGAUCGCUAAAACAUACGCUUAUCUAACGCCCGAUCUGUGGAAAGAACAGGCUCUAGCUAAAGCACCAUACCAGGAAUUUGCUGAUUUUCUAUCAAAAACUCACAAAGGUGGUGUGAGAGCUGCUGAAGUUGUCUAAAUAAACAUCCAUUCUUGAUGGAAUGUCUUUGAAAA